CACCCACGUUUUUGAGCUGCAUUCACGAUCGCAAACAAACUCAUGAGCCACAUAACAACCAAACAACACUGUGGAAGAUAGGUUAACCCACGUCGAGAGCUCGAACUCGGGUUUCAGUCGUCACGUUUAUGAAAUUCGUCGGGGAAACCGUAGAGAAUGGCUUCUCGUGGAAAAUCAGAAACUGGGAAACUGAGACAGAAUAUGGAGGAGCAACUUGACAGACUGAUGCAGCAGCUGCAGGAUCUGGAAGAAUGCAGGGAGGAGAUUGAUGAAGAAGAAUAUGAGGAAACAAAGAAAGAGACAUUGGAGCAGCUGAGUGAGUUCAACGACUCUCUAAAGAAGAUUAUGACAGGCGACAUGACACUUGUGGAUGAACUCAGCGGCAUGCAGCUGGCCAUCCAGGCUGCCAUCAGUCAAGCAUUCAAAACUCCAGAAGUGAUUCGACUUUUUGCUAAGAAACAGCCAGGACAGCUCCGAACCAGACUGGCCGAGAUGGAUCGUGACGUAAUGGUGGGGAAGCUGUCUCGAGACGAUUACAAGCAGCAGAAGAUGGAGGUGCUCACAGCACUCAGAAAGCUGGGAGAGAAGCUCACGACAGAGGAUGAAACUUUCCUGGCAGAAAAUGCCACUGCUACUUUGAGCCAGUUUGAAAAAGUGGCAACAGGGUCUGAAGAUAAAAUAUUGGCUUUGGCAAGUUGUGGUGUGAAAACCAAAGCGUAGUCGCUUUCAUUUAAGAAAAUAUAUUUUAAUAGGUAUUUUGCAGAGAAAAUCUGACGGUUGCACUUGUAAAUAACGAAUGCACUUGUGGUUGUUGCUGUUGAUGCUUUUUAACAGUAUUGUUUUUAUACACCUCAAGUGUAUUAAAUGUGUAUGCUCUCGUAGGUACUAGAAUUUGAGUUGUUUUAAUGUGUGGGGUAAAAAGUUCCAUUUGAAAUGUGCUGUUUUUUGUGCUGCAUUUUUACUGCUUAUUAUUAUUACUAUUAUAGACAAAAACAUGAUAUUCAUUGUCAUUGUGAGUGCUGUGUGAUGUGUAUUAAGUGUCUGUUUUUUUGUUUGUGUCAUGACGUUUGCAGUACAUGGGAGUGUUAGGGCCCUGAAAAGAACAUGUAAAAAAGCAUCAAUAGUAAAAUAAAAUCCAAAAUGAAUGUCUUUUUUCAUAUCUUGGAAAAAUUUGAUUUUCUAAUACUGUAUUCUGACUUAUUGUUAAUCUUAUUAGUUCUUGUAAAAAAAA